UUUUUUUUUUUCAAUGCGUUCUUCCAAAACCAUCCCUUUAAACGAAGCCGCCGCCGCUGUCUCUCUCGAUCGCGGUCUGAAUUGAUCUCCGCUUCGCCGCGGUCGCCCCACCGCUCUUCCACCGUUCCACCGGCAGGCCAUAGCUGCUCCAAGAGAGGACGUUGUGAGGGGACCGAGAGUUAGGGUUUGGUUGAUCGCGGUGGCGGCAACGGGAGACAGAGUCUCCCUUUGGCAUGGCCCAUCAGAGCAAAUUCGUUUCUGUUAAUCUGAAUAAAUCAUACGGCCAAGCCACCUCUUCUUCCACAUCUGUUCAUGGCCGCCCUCGCCCUGGCUCAGCCGGAGGUGGUGGGAGUGGAGGUAUGGUCGUCCUCUCCAGAGUUCGGAGCUCGGUCUCAUCCUCCGCGAAGGCCGCCCAGAAGCUUGCCGUUCCACCCCCCUUGAAUCUCCCCUCUUUAAGAAGGGAACAUGAGCGCCUCGAUCCUGCUUCUUCGGGUUCCGCCGCUAGCCAUGGAAGCCCAAGGCUCGGAUCACGCACUGGCUCUUCGGUUUUAGGCUGGAGCAAGCCAUCGAUUCCACCAACAUCGCCUUCUGUGCCAGAGAAGGACGGCAGCAUCAGAGGCCAGGCUCAGUUGGGGAGAUCAGCCAUCACAAGCGAUGGGCAUGCAGGUAACCCUUACAUGCCACCCGGUGCUCGUCCAGGUGGCCAGCCGCAUAAUGUUGCAUCUGCAAAAGGGUUUUUGGAGAAAGCUGUGAUCUUGAAGGGUGAAGACUUCCCUUCUCUAAGAGCCACGUUCAGCUCAGUUCCAAAGCAGAGAGAGGCAUUGAAGCAGAAGCAGAAGCAAAGGCAGGGAAUGGAGGAGCAGUCCAACCAGCGAGAAGUAUCUGAUCUACGUGCACCUCUUCAGAUGAGGCCUCAGAUCAGAUCAUCUCGCCUUAUUACAGACAACGUGGCAGAUGGCGAUGGGGUGUCAAUCCAGCUAGUUGGUUCUCCAGACAACUUGCAAAAACAGGGCAAGCACUUGCCUGCUCCAUUGCCACAAGUUCGACUCCAUCACACAUCAGAUUGGACAGAUGAUGAGCGUGAUACGGGCCUCUGCAUUCCUGAACGGGAGAGGGAUUAUGGGUUUUCAAGAUCUCAAUCUGUUCAAAUUCAUGAUGUGUACGAUGAUCGAAUACUGCAGGAUACUGGAGCUGGCAGUCCUUGGUCCAGAGAUUUCUUUAAAGGCGGUUCUUUGGGGAGGGAUUUACAUGAUGCAACUAAUGAAAAGCAUGAAUUUGGCUCUUCAAGGUUUUCAAUGAAUCCAAGGGAUAGACCAAAUGCCAAUGCAUCAGGAGUAAACAGAGAUAGACAUAAUGUUAGACCCUCAAGUGGAAACAGGGAAAUGAAUGCAGAUGGCAUCAAUGCUCAUUCAUUUUACGGAGAAAAUUUUGGUGAUCGUUUUAGUAAGAGGAGCCAGGAUUAUAGGCAUGGAAGAACAGAAUUGGGUUCCCUUGAGAGCUCAAGAAUUGAUAAUAAAGCCACAGCAGAAUCCUUCAGCGGAAAGAGUGCUGAAAAGAAUGUCCAUAACCACCAGAAUGGUUAUCCCAGUAGUUGGUCAAAAGAAAGUUCUUUUCAGAAUAACACACUGUUGAAGGGCCAAGUUCUUACCAAUAAUAAGACCACUUCCUUGAGUGAUCCAAUACCGUACUUUGGUAGAGAAAAGUGGUCUUCAUCAAGUGGUGGAAAACAAUUCCUUGAAGAUUCUGAAUUUGACAGCAAGGAUCCUUUUUCAGGGAGUAUGAAAGCCAUGAAUGCUAAAGUGUUCAAGAAGGUUCCAGAGAAACAAGUUGAUUUGCAUGAUCCAGUUAGAGCGUCAUAUGAAGCGGAACUCGAGAGAACACUUAUGUUGCAAGAGCAGGAACGUCAACGCAUUUUGGAAGAGCAAUCUAGAGUUUUGGAGCUGGCACAGAAGGAAGAGGAAGAGAAGGAGAGGUUGGCCAGAGAAAACGAGGAAAGAAGAAGGUUGCUUGAAGAAGAGGCAAGAGAGCUUGCUUUACGGGAAGAGCAGGAAAAAUUGGAGGCUGCUAGGCGAGCCGAAGAGCAAAGGAUAGCAAGAGAAGAGGAAAAGAGGAGAUAUCAAAUGGAGGAAGAAAGAAGGAAAGAGUCUGCACGAAAGAAACUUUUGGAGUUGGAAGCCAGAAUUGCAAGACGACAGGCUGAAGGGAAAGAUAAUAGAGUUCCUUCAUUUUCUAAUGAACAAAUACCUGAAUUUUGUAAGGAAAAAGACAUUCCUUUAGUCACAGAAGAUGGAGGUUGGGAGGAUGGUGAGAGGAUGGUAGAACGAAUCACUGGGUCUGGAAUAUCUGAUUCUUCAUCUGUGGAUAGAUUUCUGGAACUGGGUUCUAGGUCUCAAUUUCCCAGGGAUAGUUUUCCUUCAUUUGUUGAUAGAGGAAAGUAUUCCUACGGUGAUGCAAUUAUUCCUUCCCUAAAUGAAGAUAAUACUUACCAUAACUCAAGGCAGGAUGUUUUUGGUUACAAGAGAGGCUUCCCUAAAAAAGAGUUCCAUGGUGGUGCUGAAAAAAUGCCUAGUAGACUAUCCUCUAAAGAAGCGAUGAUGGAACCUUCUCAAAUGCCAGAAGAAUUCCGUGAACAUAGGAAACAGAGAUGGAAUCCUAACAAAGGGCAUGAUUAUCUCAAGAGGAAUAAUGAUGUUGAUGAGAGUAACGAUGGUGUUAACUUUGGAGAUGUUAGAAUGAUGCAAGGAAAUUCACAUGGAAGUUCCCAUGCCCAGUAUUGUGGAUUAUCAUCUGAUUAUUCAGUUGAUGACUUUUCCUCCUUCACAAGGUCCAGCCAAUUACCAAGGCAACCUCAUGUGCCGCCACCCCCUUAUGUAGCUCCUUUGCACAGAAAUUCCUUUAGAGGCACUACAGAAAGAGCUAGUUCAUCAGGUUUCAUAGAUAAUGAUAGUCAUUAUAGCCAUGCAAGUAUAUAUGACCAUCGGAUCAUGCCAACAGGUAAUGACGGUCUGCUUCAGGAAAGCCGUCAACAAACACAAAAAACUGCUUCUUUUGAGGGAAAUGCUAUCAAUUUAGAGCAAGAGUCAGAGAAAAUGAGCCCAAGAUGUGGUUCACAGCUCUCCCUGUCUGUUUCAAGCCCACCUACUUCACCUGCACUUCUUUUGCACCAUGAGAUGGAUGUUUCUAGGGAUUCUCCCCCACUGCCAGCUUCUGCUGAUGGUGACCAUACAAUUAUAUCUGACAGUGAGCAUAUUGUAUUCCCAUUGGAAGGUGGUAGUAUGGAUAGAAUGAUGACUUCAAGUUCAAUUUCUCCUGAAGUUGAUGAUGAAUGGCCUCUUGAGACCAAUGAAGAGAUACUGGAAAAUGAGUGCGAUGAAUUCCGGGACAUAGCUGAAGCACAUGAAGCUGACAACAGUAAUCAUCAUCAAGUCCAUGAUAUGGAAGAUUUACAAUCCGAUGUGCAGACAACUGGCAAUAUGGAACAAGUAAUUCUUGGAUUUAAUGAAGGUGUUGAAAUUAAACUUCCAAAUAUCGAUACCUUUGAGAUAUCCUCUAGCAACAGUGAAAAGGAAUUUAAAAUACAUGGAAUUCCUGUAGGUUGCUUGGAAGAAUUGAUUACUAAUGGUGAAAUGACUGCAAGAAAAGGUACUGCCGAUAGUUCUCUGACCAAUAUAAGUGAAAUGGAACAGGCUCUACACAGUUUAUCCCUUGAUCCAGCAGGAGAAUCUGACUAUUCUGCAAACAGUAUUGGGGCAUCUCAAAGCUCAAGAUUGCCAGAUCAGCCUAUGAUUCUUGCCACAAGCUUGUCAAUGCCACCUUCAACCACAGAUGCACCCAGUUUAUCCUUUCCUUCUAUUGUUAGUCAGGUUGAAGCUCCUGUCAGUCUUCAGUUUGGUCUGUUUUCUGGUCCUCCUUUGAUUCCUUCUCCUAUACAAGCCAUUCAGAUUGGUUCAAUUCAAAUGCCAAUUCAUGGUUAUACGCAUACCAGUCCAUCUCUACCACAGGUUAAUUCUUUCCAUUCUCCUUUGUUCCAGUUUGGCCAGCUUAGGUAUGCCCCGACUCUCUCUCCGAGUACAUUGCCACCAGCCCCUCAUGGCACAUCUAUCAUUCAGCCUCCUGUUCCAUCUCCUUAUUCAUUUAAUCAAAAUCCUGCUGGUGGUUUGUCUAACCAAGCAACUCAAAACAUUUCUCAGAUGACAAAACGAGAUGGAAAAUUUUCUAGUUCUUCUGAUAAGCAAAUUUAUCAUGUGCAAAACAUAGCUGAACCGUCUCCAGGAAUUUUUGCAGCUGGGCAGCUUAAUCCAUUGUUAGAGGCAGGAAAGCAUGCUUCUAUAGCUUCUCAGAAUGGGACAAAUGCAUGUUUUAUGGGUGACAAGAAAGGUACAAAUGAUUCAGCCUCUCAUGCUGACAGUCAUGUUUAUGAUGAUACCACUGAGAAGAGAAAUUAUCAAGGAUAUGGUAGGCGAAGAGAGCCUCAACCUCAACAGCAUGGUGAAUUUCAUUCUUCAAGGUACAUUUCUGGACGAAAAGCUCCUCUAGGUACUUUAGCUGAGGCUCGAAGGAAGAGAUAUGCUCACAGUGUUAGAACUCCUGCCCCAGCAUUAUUUCCUGAUAUGGAUGAACUGCAGGGAGAUUUAAGCAGCUUUCUUCGUAGAUCAAAGAGAAAUACCCGAAGAACUGAAUUCAGAGUCAGAGAUAAUAUUCAGAGAAAGAAAGUACAAAGCAUAGAAUCAUUAAAUAAUGUGGGGUUAGAUGUGAAUUCAGUUGCUACUGGAAUUACUAUAAGGAACUUCAGUAAGAAAGAUGAAGCUUUGAAUAAGUCAACCAAGAUUACCAAUCAACCAAAUGGCUUCAAUUCAAGUGCUUCUACUUCUCAAGCUGUGAGUUCUGAUAGGAAGGCUGACAAAGUUUCGAGCAAUGAAUUUCUUUCAAAGAACACCAACAUUGACAAGUCUCAUGCCGGUAAAGGCAAUGCAUAUGCAAACGAAACUAUUGAGGAUGACGGUGAUGCUCCUUUAUUGAGCGGAGUUGUUCGUGUUUUUAAGCAAACAGGAAUUGAAAUUCCUAGUAAUGAGGAUGAUUUUAUUGAGGUAAGGUCGAAAAGGCAAAUGUUGAAUGAUCGACGAGAACAAAAGGCUAAAGAAAAUAAGUCCAAGGCUAGGGUGCAAAAGGCUCCUGCCAAACAUUCUUCCACUUUACAAAGUAAUGCAUCCAAAGCCAACUCUAAUAAAAUAGUUGAAUCUUCUCUUGGAGACACAACUAAUAUUGCUUGCUCUAAUCCACUUGUUGCUGGGGGAAAGGGAUCUACCAAACUUGAGGCAUCAUUUGCAUUUACUGCCAGCAUGUCAUCUCAAACUCUGCCUCCAAUUGGCACUCCUUCAGUAAAUAUCAUUUCUGAAAAAAGAUUGAACAAAUUAAAACCAAGCCAGGUGAUAUCUGCACCUGCUGUAUCUGAUAGUGAGUCAAUUCCUGUUCUGGGGCCAUUAGAAAACAAAAAUGAUGAUUAUUCUCCAAUGCCUUUGAAUUCGUGGGACAGUGAAAAUCAGGUGAUUGAUUUAACGCAAACUCAGCUUGAUGAAGCAAUGAAGUCGGCACAUUUUGGCUCACAAUUAGCAUCUAGCAUUGUUCUUGAACCCCCAAAAUCUGUAGCAUCGGCUGUGACUCCAGAGAGCACUUAUCCUUCAUGUGCAACACCGAUAAGUUCGCUGAUUGCUGGUGAAAAAAUCCAAUUUGGAGCAGUGAUUCUACCAAAUAUUUUGCCUCCUGUUAGCCGAGUCAUUUCCAAGGGACCUGGGCCUCCAGAUUCAAGCAUAUCAGACGUGAGCAAAGAUCAAAAUUUGAUGAACAACAAUCAUGCUAUGUUUCUGGUCCAAGAAAAGUGUUCUAGUCAACCAUCUGCAAAUCUCAAAGAUGCAGAGGCAGAAGCUGAAGCAGCCGCUUCAGCUAUUGCAGUAGCUGCCAUUACCAGUGAUGAAAUUAUUGGACCUGCUAUUGGUCCCUCAGACACCAAAACUUACUCUUCUGAUGGCACUGCAUUGACUUCUCGAGGUGUCACAGCAAACCAAGAUAUAACUGUCCAGUCUUCCAGUGAAGAGUCUUUAACUGUUGCUCUUCCAGCAGAUCUUUCUGUAGAUACUCCACUCUCAGUAUGGUCUGCUUUACAAAGUCCACAGGCUUCCAUGUCAAUGCUUUCACAAUUUUCUGGAGCACCACCUUCACAUUUCCCCAGCUUUGAGAUGAAUCGGAUAGUAGAUGGGUGUCUUUUUUCAUGUGGGUCAAAUGAUGAGUCUGCCGGAUCACAGGGACAUUCUCAAAAUGCUACUUUAGGUUCAAGUACACUGGGGGCAUGGCCACAGUACCACUCUAGUUUUGACCCUUUUUAUCGCCCACCGGCAGGCUAUAAUGGUACAUUCAUCAGCCCUGGUGGAAUAUCUGGCGUUCAAUGCCCCCCUCACAUGGUCGUCUACAAUCAUUUUCCUCCAGUUGGACAAUUUGGGCAAAUAGGAUUAGGUUAUAUGGGAACUGCAUACAUCCCUGCUGGGAAGCAACCUGAGUGGACCCAAAACCAAGCUUCUUCUAAUGCUAGUGACAAUGAGGGUGAUCCAAGAAAUCAUAACACUAUAUCUGGUCAGGGAACCCCAACCACUGCACCAAGUACUGUCCAUAAUUUAGCUCCAGGGUCAUCUCUGAUGGUUGCUUCUCCUCUGACUAUGUUUGACAUGAAUCCUUUCCAGCCAACUGCUAAUAUUCCUCUGCGAGCUUGGUCUCAUGUACCUCCACCACUCCAUUCCGUUCCUUUAUCCAUGCCACUACAGCAGCAGAAGCAGCCGCCUCUGCUGGACAGUCGGAUCCCUUUACAAUUUGGUCGGACUGGUGAUACAUCCAUGGGAAAUAACAAGUCUGAUGUUUCUCAUACAUCUCCAUCUGUAGAAGUUAUUGGAACUAUUUCCAUGCCCAAUUCUGCUGCCCCCAACAUGUCAGGAGAGUUUGUUUCGACUAAGCAUCCAACUUCUUUCACUGCCAAUAAUGAGUCAGUCGGACCUUCAGAAAUUGCUAUAAAUGUGAAUGAGAAGCAAGGUACCAGCACAGCAGCACGAGCUUUAGGGACCAUUGUUAAUGAUGGCGGGCGCAUCAGUGCAAGUAGCAGCAGACCUAGUGGCCAGAUGACAGAUGUUCCCUCAAAGACUCAACCACCAACAGUGCCUGGAGGCAAUCACCUUCAUGCAGCUGGAUAUGGUGAUCAGCAUCGUGGAAUUGUGAACCGUGCAGGCUCUGGAUCCGAAUGGCAUCAUCGGAGAUUCCAGGUCAAGAAACAAGGUUCAAGUGCAGACAAAAAUGCUGCCCCUAAAAUGAAGCAAAUAUAUGUAGCUAAGCCAUCUUCCGGUGCAACCUCAAACCAAGGCCAGAUGAAAAUUUGAUUGCAUCAUAUUGGUAUAAUCCUUCGGUGUUUCUAUCUUCGCAAUAACAGAAGUUGCCAUAUCUCUGCUUUAGUUAGCUUUCCCAUCAACCAUGAGAAGCUAAAGACUGCACCCUUCAACUCUCUGUUCCCAUGUUUAGUAAUCUAUUCUUGAUGGACCGUGAUUUAUAUUAUGGUUUUGAUGAUGCUUUUAUUUGUAUGGUCUAUUAUAUACAAUUUGCUUGUUUUUGUUUCAUUUGAACAAGGUCGAUCUUGUUAUAGUUUCAUUGAUCAUUUUUGCCGUUGAA